GAGGAGAAAUCAUAUAAGACAACUAACAAUUUUGCAUAUUUUUACAAAUAAAAGAAAAAAAAAAGUAAAAUUUGGGCCUUAAGCCCCAAAUCAUGUACUCGAAAUAAAUUCUGGGCCUGCAUCUAGAUCUUGAAUUGGGCUGGGCUAGAAAACCCAAAACUACCCCCAACGAUUCGAAAUAACUACAAAUUUCACCUUCUGCUGCCAAUCCCAUUCACAUCCACAGAUCUGCUCCUACCUCCCCGAGUCCCAGGCGGAGAGAAUGGAGCAACAUGAAAAGCAAUAGCACGAGGUGUACGGAGGGGAGAUUCCUGACGAGGAAGGAGAGAUGGAAGCUGACGUGGGCAUGUCUGGUGGAGCUGAAGAUUACAAAGGCAACGACCGUGAGCUUGAGCAUGAUCCCGAUUCCAACUCCCAGGACUUGGAGGACAUGAAAAAGAGACUUAAGGAGAUCAAGGAAGAGGCUGGGGCUUUACGUGAAAUGCAAGCUAAAGUCGAGAAGGAGAUGGGAGCUGUCCAAGAUUCCUCAAGUGUUUCUGCAACCGAAGCUAAAAAGGAAGAAGUGGAUUCCCGCUCCAUUUAUGUUGGUAAUGUAGACUACGCAUGUACACCUGAGGAAGUUCAGCAGCAUUUUCAAUCCUGUGGAACAGUGAACAGAGUGACAAUUUUGACCGACAAGUUUGGUCAACCUAAAGGAUUUGCCUACGUUGAAUUUGUUGAAAUUGAUGCUGUUCAAAAUGCUCUACUGUUAAAUGAAUCAGAAUUGCAUGGUCGUCAGUUGAAGGUUUAUAACUUCUUAUUAUCGAGGAAGGGAACCCAACCCUUAUUUCCGCACCCAAAGUUCUUUCAUGCCUGGUCCUGCUUUCUAUCCUCCAUAUGGCUAUGGGUAAGCAUGGAAAUAUGUUUGCUUUAUUUGGUUGCUGGAUACAAAGAAAAGGAUAACUUGAUAUGUUUUGGUUUCUCUAUAUGUUCAGUUGUUUAUUUGUUUCUUCCGAAUUAGAUGUAUGAAAGUGGAAAAGAUCCAACUGUGCUCAGAAAUUAUAUGUAUAAUGAUCUCUGCUAGAAGCAUUUGUUAUGCCUAUAACAUUUAAUCUUUUCGCAAUCAUGCCUCCAGACCCUGGUCCUGUGAAGUAAUUUGAUUUGUUUUACGCUCAUUCUUGAAAGAAUUGAAUGUGAUAUUUUCUGUGUACUAACCUUCUUAUAGAAUGUAUUAACUCGGUUGACCUCAUUUUCAGGAUGGUUCCAAGGUUCAGCCGGCCCAUUAGAUACAGGCCAUAUUAAGACAGAUCUCACAUUUUCAGAAGCUGCAACUUUGAGAAGACCAUUGAUUAUAGUUUAUAAUGGUCAUAUUGUUGUUCUGUAUAACAUAGAGGGAGAAAGUUGAACUGCAAUUUGCUUGCCAAAGGGCCGGCCGGAUUUGUUCUCCAAUUGUGAGCUUGCAGGAGUGUUAUGGAUCCAUUAAUCUGAGCUUACCUGUACUUUGCUUAGAAGGGGAUAAAUGAGGCAGAGAUGCAAUUGUUGUAGUGAAGUAUUAUAUAAGAAUUCCUGGUCGUAGAUUGAUACUUCAAUUUUCUCAGUGUAAAUGAGUUUAAAAUGUUGGGGAUUCAUGUUUGAUAAAGUGAAGACUUUCUCUUAAAUCAUAAUGCAUUGAAGGUUAGCUUUCCAG